AUGUUGAUGCAUCGCGCCCAGGCAGCCGUUAAAGCCUUCUCCAAGAAGAACGAACAGCCCCAGCUCGACGAAAAGGCUGGCAUGCCCAUUUCCUCCGCUUCACCCGUCGCCGAGAUCCCUCUCCCGGAGGAUGGCGUCAAUGCUGAACCCGCCGAGGCUGACGAGAAGCCCAAGUUCACCAUCCGUGCCCUUUUCGCCCCCAAGAAGAAGCCUACCGAGGCACCCGCUGAGGCCGAGGCCGUGCAGGCCGUGCAGGCCCCGGACCCCUUUGCCGCCCAGAACCAGGAGGUUGUGAUUGAUCAAUCUCUCAUGAAACCUGAGGCUGUCGAGGUUGCCACCGAGGAAGGUGAGAAGAAGAAGGGCCUGGCCCGCAUCUUCAGCCUUAAGCGCAAGCGUGCUGUCGACUCGGCCGGCCCUUCCACCACCGAGGCGGAGCCCAAGGCCGAAGUCGACCCCACCACUGAGGAGGCUACCCCCGCAGAGGCCACCGAGGCCCCCGCCCUGGAGGGCCCCACGGAGGCCGAGUCCAAGCGCGCCUCGUGGAAGCGCCUUCGCCUCUCGCGUGCUCCGUCGAACACGCCCAAGGACGAUGCCGAGGCCACCCUCACUCGCACCCAGUCUCCCAUCAUCGAGACUACCGCAGACAUCCUUGCUUCCGUUAACGCAGAGCCUGCCGAGGAGAAGAAGGAGAACAAGUUCUGGGUUUUUGGCCGCAAGGAUGAGGUCAGCGAGCCUGAGACUGUCUCGCCCGCCGAGGCUGCUGCGGACGCUCCGGCUGCUGCCCAGGAUACCGAGGCCAAGGAGACCCCUGCUCCCCCCAAGCCCACCGUCUGGAAGCGCUUUAUGUCCAUCUCCAAGAUUCCCGAGCCUGAGCCUAAGAAGGACGACAAGCCCGAGGAUGCUGCCGAGACCCCUGCAACCGCCACUGAGUCUGACCCCGCCCCCGCCCCCGCCACCGCCACCGACACCGACACCGACGCCGCUCCCGCUUCUGAAGACUCUGCUGAGGCCCCCGCUCCCCCUGAGACCCCUGUCACCGAGAAGAAGGGCUUCUUCGUCUCCUUUGGCCGCAAGGCUUCAAAGGUUGAGGCCGUCGACACUCCUGCUGAGGCCACCGAGGCCAAGGUUGACGAGGCUGAGCCCACGCCUGCCCCCGCUGCCGAGUCUGAGGCCUCUGACAAGAGGAGCAGCAUCUACCGCAUUUUCUCUGGGUUCCGCAAGCCCGUCACUGAGGUUGCCACUGAAGAGCCCACCACCGAGGAGCCCGCCGAAGCUCCCGUUGCCGUCACCGAGGAGAGUCAGGUUGAGGAGCUCAAGGAGGCAACCCCGGCCCCCGCUGCCGAGACCUCAGAAGCCGGUUCCAAGGGCCUGUACCGUAUCUUCUCGGGCCGCCGCAAGGCCUCCAAAGCGGAGCCCAGCGUCGCGUCCGCUCAGGCCGAGACUGUCGCGGCUGAGACCACGGAGGAGACCAAGGAGGAGUGCAACUGCCCCGCCCCGAAGGAGGAGCCAGCUGCUGAGUCGUCCAGAGCUGGCCUGUUCCGCCUUUUCUCGAGCCGAAAGGCCUCCGCCGAUGCCAACGCCGAGAACCCCAAGGAGGAGGCUGAGGCUCCUUCUGCUGAUGAGCCUGCCGCUGAGGCCACUGCCGAGGUGUCGAACGAGGAGGUGAAGGAAGCGCCCAAGGAGGAGACGCCUAAGGUUUGGAAGCGUCUGCUGUCGGUCCACAAGAAGCCGACUCCUUCUCCCGACGCUGAGGUUCGGGUCGCCGACGCCGAGUCGCCGCCGGUUGCUGAGGCCACCGCUGCGCCCAACGAGGAGCCCAAGGAGGAAAAGGCCAACUUUGUGACCCGCCUCCGCUCGCUUGUUCCCACUAAGGAGAAGGAGGCGGCCGUUGAGGCUGCUGUGGCAGAGACUACUGAGGAGCCCGUCGAGAAGGUUGAGAAGCCCGGUGUUAUUGCUCGCGUCGCCUCUGCCCUCUCCCUCACCCGUGUCAAGGCGACGACCCCCGCCGACACCGUGCCCGCUGCCGAAGAUGCCAAGUCUGCAGAGGCUGCGCCGGUAGAGGCUGCGAAGCCGGCCGAGGAGCCUGUCGCUGCGGCUGCUGAGCCCGCUGCGCCGGUUACUGCCGAGGCCUCUGCCCCCGCCGACGCUCCCAAGGCAUAG